AAUCUUCGGAUCCCAGUUCGGACGCCAUGCUUAAUUUUAGAGUUCCAAGUAGUGAGGUACUUCAGACAGUUUUUCCCUACUGCGCUACUGAACGGAGUUCUGCAGAACACUGGUAAAGGCAUAAAUAUUGCCCGAGGCGCUCUUGAGAGUAUGGCCACCUCAGUGGGCUCUUCUCGCUAUGUAUAUUUCGUUCAUAAAAAGACGAUAAUCCCUCAAAUCAAGAAAGACGUUCUGACAGUGUACGAUCUCUGGAAAGGUUGUGGCAGUGAAUAUAUUAUCAAAUUAAAUGAUCACGAAGAACUGAAGGAGUUCUACGAGCUAGAUUCUGGUGAAGGUAUUGCUGUAGUGGAGAGCGAGACUGAACUAUUGGUCUUACACGUUAGGCUGAUUCAUGAAAAGAAGGAAGUCCAAGAAUUGGACCGAAUUCAAGUGAUCGAGAAAUGGCAGCAACAGGAAAAUAUGAAAGCGAAAAAUGGAUUCACUCUGCUCGCGUGCUCCCGUCUGGGGAUCCGGGUGACGGAACUACAGUUUCACCAGAAAUACGUCGACGUAGCCCAUACAGAUAUCGCUUACGAUGGCGAAUAUUAUUUUCUCCACACCGACCCAUGGCGGGAAGGAAGCGUUAUUUACUGCUUUGAAAGCGAUCCAAUACCAGGUUCUCAAGACGAACGCGGUUUUAACGGAAAUCUCUUCGCGAUUGAUCUAUCACGUAAAGAGAUUCGCACCGUACCGCUGAAGUUCCCGUUCGCACCGGCCAUGGGCAGCGGGGGCACGAAAGGUAUCGUCCACGUGAUGGGGGUCUUCCACAGACCAGGUCAUCUGUGGGUGAUCACUCAAAAUACGAAGCAAAUAGCAACAUUGAGUGUGUGGAAGCUCGACAAUGAUGGCUGGCACAAGGUAACUACUGUGGACAACGACGAGUACGAGGUCACAAUGGAUGUGUGCGCCGACGGCAGUGCCAUGGUAGUGCUUGAGGACGAGGUCAAUGGGAGCCCCAUCAUGCGCAAUAUUCGAUGUCGCGGAGUUCCCAGCCUGUAUUCGUUGGCACGCACCAGCACCCUCAAGCAUCUACCCGGACUUCGAUGCGACUCAUAUUUCACUCAGUUGUUCUCACAGCGACUAUUCAAAUAA